AUGGAUGGUUCAUCGUUGCCCCUUUUGGGGAUGAUUGUUUUCGGGUCCUUUGCCCUGUGGGCUCAGUGGUGCCUACGAAAGUGGUUCCGUGUUGUGGUCAGUUUUUUGCUUUGCACUAUUGUCUGUGUGUCUAUGGCUUCGGCCGUUUGGGCCAAUGUCCAUAAAGUCGUCGCGUCUAUUGGAUACGGCUUUGUGGCCCGGGAAACCUGGAUGUUUGCGCGUGUGUUGUGGAGCGGAACGCCCACACACUUACCGGGGCCUCCUCAACACGAAUCCAGCAGCGCCGAUUUGGUCUCGGCUGCGGAUCUCAGAGCGUCGGAGGCCCAGGUGCGGGCAUUGGACCAGCAGGUUCGUCAGAUGCGGCACGAUCGGGAGGCCGAGGUGAAUCAAUUGAACUCCACAAUCCGACUGUACCAGCGCGGGGUGGUGUCCGGGCCUGGUCCAAUUCGGCAGCUUAUGGACUGGAAGCAGGCCGCGGAGAAUAAAGCUCGAGGCCUCCAGUUGAAGGUGGACACUCUUGAGGCGAAGGUGUAA